AUGGAGGAUUUGCAAGAGGAUAUCAAGUUCGUCGUGGAUGAGACCUUGGACUUUGCAGGCCUGUCCCCCUCUGACAGUCACGAGGAAGAAGACGUAACAGUGUUAGUGAGUCCAGAGAAACCACUUCGCCGUGGCCUCUCCCAUCGGAGUAACCCGAAUGCAGUAGCUCCUGCCCUCCAGGGUGUGAGGUUCAGCUUGGGCCCACUCAGCCCAGAGAAGCUAGAGGAGAUCCUUGAUGAAGCCAAUCGCCUGGCAGCUCAGCUGGAGGAGUGUGCCCUGAGAGAGCGGGAGAGUGCUGGGACAGGCCCUGGAAGGCCCAGCCCUAGAGGGAAGCCCAGCCCUCGACGGGAGACAUUUGUCCUGAAGGACAGCCCCGUCCGAGACCUGCUGCCCACUGUGAGUUCUUGGAGCACCCCACCCCCAAGCAGCCUGACUGGGCUCCGGAGCAGUGAUAAAAAGGGGUCAGCCAGGGCUGUUCGGGUGGCAGCUGGAAAGAAGGCCGCCAGCAUAAAGAAGGAAUCACCCACUUGCAAUCUGUUCUCUGCUUCCAAAAGCCCAGGGCGCUCUCCUCUUGCACAACCAAGUCUUCCACCUCGGCGGAAAACCGGGUCCGGCGCCCGGACAACAGCAAGCCCACCAAUCCCUGUCAGACCAGCUCCACAGUCCUCGGCCAGCAACUCCCAGUGUUCAUCCCGGCUACAGGGAGCAGCUGCCAAGUCUUCUAGUCGACUCCCCGUCCCCUCCGCCAUCCCCAAGCCUGCCGCCCGAAUGCCACUCACUGGGCGGGGUCUACUACCUGGCAAAGGUGUCCCACCUCCAGAUUCUCUGUCAACUCAGAAAGGGCAUCCAAGUGCCGUAGGGCACAGAGUUCCUGUUUCCCAGCAAACAAAUCUUCCAACCACCAGAGCCGUUCGAGGCAGGAUGCAGCCCCUCAGGAAAGCUGCGGUCCCUGGACCUACUAGGUAA